AUGCAGUUUGUCAUCUACACUCCCUCUAAUCCUGAACCCAAAACGGCCCUGAAGUUCCCUGACCAGUUUGGACCCCCUCUCACAACCACUUUCCCAUCACUGCCCCCCGGACCCCCAUCUCCACACCAUGCACACCCGCCUCCAAGCCUGCCCGCUCCUCCUGGCUCUUUCCCUCUUUUCCCAGUUCCCGGACGUCUGUCAUCUGUUCUACAAGACGUUCCCACACUCCCUGGGCUAUCGGCAUCGCAUACAUUGCCAGCCCGCCCACCCUCUGUGAUCCCAAACUACCUCCCCUUCAAAGGUGGGGGAUGGAGAUCAGGCGGUGGCGGCCUUGAGGGCCCGUUGAACGACUUCGAGAUGGCAUUUAUUGAGAAUGGUAUCGUCGACGCCCUCGAGAGUCAGGCGGAGUCCAUUGUGGAUUGCACUGCUGGCACUGCUACCCCUUCCAAUGACGCUCCUGACCAUCAUCUGCAGCUGCUGGUCCCCCAAGAAUUCUGCGAAAAUGAAGGGGCCAUGGAAAUCAAUGACAGCCAACACGAACCGCAGAGCGUCCGACCGUCAGGAAAUCCCACGCUGUUGCCGCCGAGGCUAUCCGGCCUGGAAGCCGGUGAUAGCAGUGUAACAGUCGGCAUUGAGAUGGUAUCCAGCGGUCGACCUGGAAAUCCCCCUUGUUCUUCCACCGAAAGCACGAGCUCAACCGAAUCCAUGGUCACAUGGGAUUCUCCAAGGUCCGUCGGGAGGGAGAGAUCCUGCCGGCUCCCCGUUUCGAGGCUGAGGUCGAACCGGUCGGCCGUCCAGAUCAUGGAGGCUGUAGUGAUCCGGGCCUCCUCUAGUCGUGAUCAAUGGACCUCAAAAACAUCGGCCCUUGAACCCGACAUUCAGCAUGGCCGGGCGGCGCCACGGUCGACCCGGGCGAGCAAACCAUCAACGAGACACCGGGCUCACAGGUUUCUUCGCAGUCAUCCUAUGCUGCCCGCGACCAGCCGUAGUCGCGAACAGCGGACGCACCCUGCCGAUGAUUCCUCGCGAGAUUUGGGUCGGGACGAGCCACUGAGUCGGCGUACCCGCCGGACCACUCGAUGGCUCGGAGGCGCCCGCCCACCCAGCCCGAGCGACGGCAGUGACACCAUUAGUGGCUCAGACAACGAUUAUAACCCAGACAAAGUUGCAAAUCGACCGUCAAAGCGACGCAGGACCUGCGCGUCACCACCUUUACCGCCCCCGCUACCGGCCAAUCAGACACCCAGUCAGCGGCUGCUUACCCCUGAACUUAUCUCUGCGCUGGUUUCCGCCAUGACGCAAAAACUUCUUGAGACUUUAAGGGGUCCUCCGCCCGCCGCUCUGGCAGCCGCACGAUAUCCCCACUCAUCGACCGAUGACGCGACGUCAAAGGUGAUAACCAGGAAGAGGGCCCGAUGGAAUCAGAAAGACGAUGACCUGCUGGAGCGCCUCCGGGCCCGCGGCUGGAGUUGGUGGGAGAUCAAACAACAGUUCCCAGGCCGAACGUUACCCGCUCUGCAGCAGCGACACAUGAAGCUUCAGGCGAUGGGAAAUGGUCAGUGCCCCAAAGAUGAGUGA